CUGCGCUACAAUAAAAAUACGUAGUAUUCCGCGUACUUUGACGGUGAUGCUGCUUUAUCGCUGCUCUUGCUGUCAUUGCUGUUAUUGUUGUCGCCGUAAUAGGCGCAGCCAGCUGUCUGGAACAGAAUAAACCAGCAUAUCCACCAGCCGGCGGUGCUCAUCGCUUGGGUAGCUCGGUUCCUGAUUGCUUUGUCGCCAGCUGUUUUCCGAGUCGCUGUUAGACACAUAGACGUCAUGGAUGGCAUUUUAGUCGGCACUGCGUGCAGUACCUCGCCGACUGUGUAUCGUGCUGUGUGACACCGACUGAGCCUGACGAACUCCCAUCAUGGUUACGCUGGGGCGUUCCUGUUCCCGUUCGGGGGUUUGGGAACUGUUGAAAAGCGCGUCCUAUGGCGUUCCUCUGGUCUUUGCUAGUCAAAAGUGUCAUGUUGGGUCCUCGCGGCAUCGUCGCGCGCUUUUGCUAACCCUUUGGGGGCAGAAACAGCGGCGGUGGCAGGCCGCCGCGGUGGUGGUCGUCGUGGUAACGCAGAACGUAGCCAUCGAAAAACCUGCUGUUACCUCGGUAGGCCAGCAGCGCAUGCGCAGCUCCUCCUACGCAAGCAGCGCAACCCCCUCGCCUUGCUGUCCAACAGAGUUGCACGAUUGGCACAGUAGGUUUCCUCCCUAUAUAACGCAAGCACACGCUGGCGCCGUGCGAAAUCUGCGAGCCCACAGACGGAUCCAUCGGCGCCAAUACGAACUUACAGUGACGUGCAGGAAGACGGAGGAGCAUCUGGGUAGAGGGAAGUUUGGCAGAGUCGAGGUGUCGAAGAAGCACAGGCGCGAAAACAGGAAGAGUAGCUCGUAUGAGAACAACAAAUAGCAGUAUCAAGAGAAAGUGGAACAUUUAACGUCCACGUGAGUUUCGAUUUGAUCGAAUUCAAUCGACAACGUAGUGAAACUAUUGGACAACUACAGCGAAUAACAACAGCCAAUUAAUUCGAUAACAUUUUCAGAGUUACUCUAAACGUUCGAACUCCGUUCACGUAGCGUCGUACAGCACCCAUCAAGUUCUGCGUGCGCGAAAAGUCAAUAAGAGGAUUUCCCAAGCAACAAUGUUGGACCUCAGUCGUGCUCUGUUUGCUUUCGGCGUUGCGAUGACUCUGCUGGCGGUCACCUAUACUCUAGCCUCUCCAAUAGAGUUUGAGGUUGCGGGGGGCCAAGGUUCGUUUGGUGAUGGCCAGGGCAUCCAGAAGAGAUAUUCCGAGUUUCUCGGUGGACCUGGAAAAAGGUCCAUAGACACAGCAGACGAGAUGCUUCAGAAGAGGUACUCGGAAUUCCUGGGGGGUCCUGGAAAGCGCUACUCCGAGUUCCUUGGUGGACCGGGAAAACGGAAUCGUCAGGAAAAUCUACGCAACAUGGCCAAAGCACGCGAGGCUCUUCGAAUGAUUCUAUCAGGCCGUGCCCUGGACCUCGAUGACAGGAGAUAAGAACCUGGCCCUCAAAUAAAUCAUUACUUCACACGUAAUCGGGUGUCAUGCGCGGGUUGAACGUUGUCAGAGAAGUGAACAUCAACAAUCUCGUUCGGUGAGACGGCGGAAGAAUUAAUAACCGUAGUAACCGCCAAACCGACGCUGAAUUAAGAGACGCAAUGGUCAAUAGGACGUUCUCGGUGACCUACAAUAUAGCAGCGUGUCGGUGGUUGCUAGGUAGAUCCUACAAUUUAUGUGAGUGAUGCGUCGCUAGAACGAUGAAACAACGAAGAAGUAGAGAGCUUUGGUUAAAUCUGACAUUGUCUAAUGUUUUAAGUCUGUACUGAGACGCGAAACGAAUCUAUUUAGCGUAACGUGGUAGAAGUAGCAGCAUGGCGUUUUUCAAUACGAUAUAACUUGAACAUUAUCAAAAAAGUUCUGCUUUGCUAUCCGUAAACAAGCUUACAUUCUAUGUCUAUUAAAUAUGUAUUAUUAAACAUGUUCACACUGUAAGAGAACGGGACGAAAGCCAAGCGAGACAGAAGACGUGAGUGGAUACGAUGGGGCUCACCAGCAAAAAAAUUACUAUAAAAAAUUAUCUAUCGUUUGAUGGGAACAGAAGACGAAAGUCCGUUAUAAGCUGGCCGAGUGUCGUUGAGAGGUUGGUGAGUGGAAAGAGGGGGUGUAUGUCCUAGGUAUGAUGGUAAAAGGCAUGUCCACUAGUGUCGAGAAGGCCAAGCCUUUCCUCACUUGAACAAGCGGUCUAAGAAUGAAACGGGUUCUUUGCCAUGACGUAAUACCGUUUUCUUUUCUCAUAAUCGUAAUAACAAAUCGCUGAUAUUAAUAACAAGGAGAACGUCUAUCAUUACCAUUAAUAUUAUAAUAAAUAAUCUUAACACUACUCUCAAUACUGUGUGCAUAAUGUUAUUAUAAUAAUAAUAAUAGUAAUAAUUAUUAUUAGUAGAUCUAUGGAAAGCAAACGGAAAACAGGAUCGUGGCCAAUAUUGAUAGUGGUAUUUUCGAACUAUAUACACCGCGACAAAAAGCGGCCUAUUGCUUAAGACGAUUAUAUCGUGUCAGCGGUUGGCUUCGUAAACGGUCUUCUAAAUAGACUUAAGAUAAUACUAAUGCAUUAUGAAUAACAGUAGCAAAAAACAAAAACAAAAACACUAUCAGUAACAACGAUUACAAUGCAAUAUUCUGCGUUUUUUAUUUUCGGCGUAAAUUCUAAAACGUUCAAGUGUUCUUCAUCUUGGAGACUGUGGAAGUUGUUGAGGGGCAAUAGAGCGAGAAGGGUCAGCCAGGUUUCAGGAUAAAGCGAUCAACCGAGGAAGGAAAGAAGCGCGCAUACAAUCGACUAUAAUAAAUACGAAUCUUAUUAUAUGAAGACAACAUGUGAGUUUUACUGUUCAUUCGUGUGACGUUGGUAGUGUUGUCUAUCGACCACUAAAUCAUCGUUAAUUCCGAAAUUUUCAGUAAUCAAGUAAAGCCAAAAGUCUUUAUAAAGACAUUUUGAUAACGAAUGGUGAGACGACAAGACCUAACGAAGAGCGAAACAAUAGACAUUAUAGCGUUCGAAGAAGAAUAUGAAGAGUAAUGACUUACAAUGUAAUUAUAAAACGAAGCGGAAUAGCAGAUGGAACGGGAGUAACACACACAGCAUGAUCAAAUGUAAGCGUCAAGCUGAAAAAAUCAAAAUUUAUACUUGAUAAAAUAUACUAUACAGCUACGCGAGCAACUAUAGAACUUAUAACAAUUCAUUCGUCUCGUUAGGCAGACGCAAGUAAAAUGGCAAUAGCAGUGAGAGGAAGAAUAGCAACGACAGCAAAAAUAUGGCAAUAAACGUAUCGAAAUAGAACGAUAACGAUGCUAAUGGAAGCAGCUAAUGGUGAAGCUAUCCACCCACAAGCGUAUCAUGAUUCUGGUUUAAUGAUCGUACCGAUAAUGCUUAGCAUCUAUGAUGAUGAUGAUGACAACGUAAAAUCGAGAGGGAAAAUGGCCAACGCCGACAGCCAAUAAUCACCAUCAUAACAGUGAUAAGUCCGUACGAAUCAUACGACGAAGUCGCUAUCAAGAACAGUAAGAUAAUUAUCAUCAUCAUCUUUAAUUGUAAUGAUGACAGAA